AUGUCAUACUACGGAGAAUCAGCCACCUACUACGGCGGCGGCGGCGGCGAACGCCCUCCAUAUGAACGCCCACCGUACGAGCGGCCCCCCUACGAACGCCCUCCCUACGACGAGCACCGCGGCCCAUCCUACGACCGCCCACCUCACGAAGAACACCGCGGCUCUCCAUACGACCGCCCGCCCUACGAAGAGCACCGCGGCUCCUCCUACGACUCUCGCCCUCCCUACUCCAGCGCUCCUCCCUCCGCCCGCCCUCCUCAAUACCCCCCACCUCCCCUCCCCAUCGGCUGGAUCCAGGAAUGGGAGCCCAGCGCUCGGCGCGCCUUCUUCGUCGAAACAUCUACUGGCCGCACAGAAUGGACUCUUCCUGCUGAGCUCGCCUACGGUGGUGGUGAGCAGUCUCGCAGUGGUGGUGACUACUAUGCUGCUGCCCCGGUCCCGCCGCCUGGGUACCCGCCCCAGGAUUACCACCAGGGAGGAUACGGUGGUGAAUACCCCGAGGAGAAGAAGGAGAAGAAGAAGGACAGCGAUACAGGCAAGCUGCUUGCUGCUGGUGCUGCGGGUCUGGCGAUUGGUGCUGUGGGAGGUGCUAUUCUGGGUCAUGAACUUGCCGAUAAUAGUGACGAAGAACACCACAGCAGCUCCGACGAAGAAGCCCACUACUCUGGUGACGAUGACUGA